UGUAAGUGACUCUUUAGAGAUUGUUCACUGAAACAGAAUGAACUCGCCGGUCCACUCAGAUGAUUCAGUAAAGUCACAGGAGUGGAAAGACAAGGUUUCCCACUCACAGAGUCACUGUGGCUUUCCUCUAACAGCCUGGUCACCAGUAGAAUCAUCAUCACUGUCGGCAUUUUGAUUUUUGCACCUAACCUUUGUACUGCUCGACAUUUAUUGUUUCAAAACUGGAUUAUAGACCGUGAAGGCUGCAUUUCCAAUUAUAGUGACAAAAACCAGGAAUCUUGAAACUGGAUUUGGAAAAAACAUGGUGACUGAAAUUUGAAAGGCUACUUUUUCUUCAUUACAUCAGCAGUAAAGACCUCAUGAAGCUGGAUUUUCCUGAUCAACUGGACUGAUGUGGUAACAGUCUCCAGCCUUGUUCAAUGCUGACUCCAUCAUGCUGUACUUCCAGGUGGUGAUCCUCGCUGCUACAGUGAUGCUGGUUUACUACUGUGAGUUCACUGACACUUUCAGUCCAGCAGAGCAGGGCUUCAUUUGCAGAGAUCCCACUUUGACCAAACCUGAUCCUGGACCUGAACAGAACAGCCGCAUACCACCGAUAAUACUGUACUCUGUGGUGAGCGGACUACCUGUUGUACUGAUUUCAGGGGUGGAAGUAGUCAUCUUCCUCUUUUACUACAACUCAAACAACUUUUAUGAGCAGGAGAAGGUUGUUGUCGUGGGAGACUGCUGCUAUGUUAACCCCAUGGUGCGCAGGACCGUCCGUUUCCUUGGUGUCUUUGUCUUUGGUUUGUUUACAACAGACAUUUUUGUUAGUACUGGUCAGAUGGUCACAGGAAGUCUGGCUCCCUACUUCCUGUCUGUGUGCCAGCCCAAUUACACUGCUCUCGGCUGCCAGGAUACUGCGUUCUUUGUGAGCCAGUCAGAUGGCUGUACUGGUGACCCUGAUAACAUCAUCAGAGCCAGGAAGACAUUUCCCUGCAAAGAGGCUGCACUCAGUGUCUACUUAGCUGUUUACUUGGCAAUGUACAUCAUGUCCUGUGUUGGAUCCACAGUGGGGCGUCUGGCUGGGCCCUUUGUCAGCCUCUCAUUGGUCAGUCUGGCUUUGCUAACAGGCAUCAACAGAGUGGCUGAGUAUCGUAACCACUGGAGUGAUGUUAUAGCAGGACAAGCCACUGGUGCUGCCGUCGCUGUCUUUCUGGUUGUUUUUGUGGUUCAGUAUUUCAAAAAGAGAUCUGUGAUUCCCCAGAGUCCCUCAGACUCAGGCACGGCUAAUACUGAUGAGGUUUCCCCUGAAGUCAAUCACAAUAUGGAGACCAGUGAUAAGAGCCCAGGAUCCAUCACAGAAGUCACAUGACUAUGAUGGACCACCCCCUCACCCAACCACAUCAAGGGGGAGAUUGACGUCACCAAUUCUGUGUAGUUCAUGGACCUUUGUUUUUUACAUCAGUCUCAUUUGUUUUAAGCAACACUUUCUUUCAUUUAACAAUUAAUCUAUCAUUGCCACUUUUAUUUUGCACUGUAGUGUUGUUCUCCCAGGGUCAAAUGUGGCAGGUACAGUUAAAAAAUGUUUACUGUAAAUGUACUGUCAACUUCAGAAAUGUCACUGUGGAUAUUGUUGCAGCCAUUUUAAUUAAUAUAUGAUUUGUUUUCUAUAUGGGUAAAAGUAUUUGAUAUGUGUGUUCAAUGUAAAUUUAAUGUGAAUACAUGUAGCACAUGUUAAUGUCAAAUAUAAGUCAGUAAUAUUGCAUGAUAUCAUAGGUUAUAAGGAGGGAUAAAGGGAUAAAUAAUAACUAGUUUAAGACAGGAUCAUUGGUUGUCACCCCUAACAUGUCUGUGUUAU